AUGAGAGCAGCUGCCCUUGGUCAUCAAUAUUUGACCGUUAAAUCACUGAAACAACAUGAAGGCUUUUUUGGAAACCCUCGACGUCGUGAAUCACAGAAUAAUUCACUCGAAACACGACAAUUACAUGCAGCAGCUACGGAGCCCCUUUCGCGUCGAGUGACAACAACGAUCGAUGAACAACAAAGACCAGUCGCAGCAACCUUCGAACGAAGUAUUAGUGAUUCAACGCUUCCCUCGGUCACUUAUAAACCACAAAAAGGUUAUAAACAACUUGACGAAGAGCCAGAACCUUAUUCUUUGAUCUCAAUAUUAAGCAAACGACGUGGAAGUCCUGAUGAAGACGAUAAAUUAAGUGGACGUGUUCGAAAAUUCUAUAAACAGCAAGAUGAAAUUAUCGAUUCAUUUGAAGAGGUUCAUAAACAAUAUUUGGAUCCAUCUGCAUCAUCUGUAAAUGGUACCUUAGAGAAACAAAAACGACGCAUGGAUUUACUUAUUAAGGCGACAUUGGUUGUUAAUUGUACGUUAUUAGUUGCCAAAAUUGUAGCUGCCGUUUUUUCCAAAUCUCUGUCGAUCAUUUCGUCGGUAGUCGAUUCGGCUGUAGAUUCAGCGUCAGCGUGUCUACUGUUUUGGGCAGUGCGCGCAAUCAAAAAACGAGAUCCAUACACGUAUCCUGGAGGUCGUACUCGAUUAGAACCUAUAAUUAUCGUCAUACUAUCAGUGAUAAUGGUAUCGGCAUCUGUUCAAGUUAUCUAUGAAUCAGUCGAAUCAUUGAUGAGCGAUGUAAACGAAUUUCAUAGUAAUUCAACUAAUUUGCGUAAAAUCGAUAUGGGCCCAUUACCUAUUACUGUCAUGUGUGUAACUAUUGUUUGCAAAGCUAUUCUAUCAUUUCUUUGCUUCCAAGUAUCUAAUCCAACAAUGAGAGCAGUUGGUCAAGAUCAUCUCAACGAUGUCUUCUCAAAUAUUAUUGCACUUGCUUGUGGUAUCGUUGCUUCCAAAGCGCUUGAUGGUACGAUAAAAGCGAAAGAAGCAGUGGUAGUCGAUCCAAUUGGUGCUCUACUCAUAUCACUUUAUAUUAUAUUCUGUUGGCUUAAACAACUUCGCGAACAAGUUAGAAAUUUGACAGGUUAUGCUGCCGAGCCUGAAUUUCUACAGAAAAUCACAUGGAUAACAUUAAACCAUUCGCCAUUAAUCCAAAAGAUUGAUACAGUGCGAGCAUUUCAUUUUGGCAUAUCAUUUCUAGUUGAAGUCGAACUUAUUCUACCGGAAUCUAUGUCAUUGAAGGAGGCACAUGACAUUGGAGAUUCUUUAAAAUGCAAAUUGGAAAACCUACCUGAAGUUGAACUGGCUUACGUACGUUUGGAUUAUGUCGUGGAGCCGUUAACUUAUUAA